AACGUCUAAUAAAAGUGCACCCUAAGGAAAGAUAACUCCACUUAAGUAAACAGAUACUUUUGACAGGUAGAAAUAUUGCACCUGUGAACACCUGUUACACAAAAUGGCAUCAGCAAUCAGGACAACGAUAACAGACAUUAGAAAAGCACAUGAACGGUUGAAACCAUACAUCCACCAUACUCCAGUGUUCACAAGUUCAACUUUUGACAAGUUAAUAGGCAGAAAAGCAUUUUUUAAAGCUGAAAACUUACAGAAAACUGGAUCUUUUAAAGCUAGAGGUGCAUUAAAUUCUGUGUUACUAUUGAAAGAAAAGAAUCCAGCAUUACCUGGUGUUGUAACCCACAGCAGUGGUAAUCAUGGACAAGGCUUAGCCUGGGCAGCUAAGACGGCUGGUGUGAAAUGUUGUGUUGUUAUUCCUAACAAUGCACCCAAGUCAAAAGCUGAUGCAAUAAAGGGUUAUGGUGCUGAAUUGGUAUGGUGUGAACCCACUCCAAAGGACAGGGAGGAAACAUGUGCCAGAAUGGCCAAAGAGAAAGGAUUAGAAAUUGUGCCACCAUAUGACCAUUAUAAUGUGAUUGCAGGACAGGGCACUCUGGCUUUAGAACUAAUGGAGCAGGUACCAGAACUCGAUGCUAUACUGGUACCUAUAAGUGGUGGUGGAAUGAUUUCUGGGAUAGCUAUAGCUGCUAAAAGUGUUAAAGAUGAUGUUAAAGUGUUUGCAGUAGAGCCUGAAGGAAAGAUGGUUGAAUCAUGUCUGAAAGAGGGUAAAAGACUUUGGCCUAAUCCACCUAGAUUUUUAAGCACAAUAGCAGAUGGUAUUAGACUACAACAGUUGGGUCACCUGACCUUCCCUAUAAUGUUAGAUCUUGUGGAGAAAGAUGUGUUCACAAUUAAAGAUGAAGACAUGAUAGAAGGAAUGAAGUUCUCUUUCCAGCAUAUGAAGUUGGUAAUAGAAGCAGCUUCAGGGGCAGCAGUAGCAGCAGCAAUGUCAGACAAACUGCGGAACAUGGACCCUAGUAUAAAGAAUAUAGGUGUUAUUUUGUGUGGUGGUAAUGUAGACAUCCACCAACUACCAUGGUACAAUAAAAGUUAAAGAUGUGUUGCCGAGGUACUGUCAAAGAUACACGAUUAUUGGAUAGACCACAUGUAUUGAAAUCCAUUUCAUGUUAUAUACUGUUAUUAGCCAAGAUAUACUAUUACAGCAUUUAUUUUAUGAGAAUUUACAUAUUUUAUGUUAAAGAAUAAUGUUAUUUUGAAGAUAAUCUUUAUAUUGAUUUUAUAUGCUGUUAUUAGCCAAGAUAUAUCAUUUCAGUAUU